AUGCGCGACGAAGAGGAGAAUGGCACGAAUGAGCCAGUGAAAGAGCUGGAGCACUGGCAGUCCCUCUUGGAACUUUGCGAGGGCUACCGGGAGCUACAUGCAGCAGAGCCACCUCUGGAGAAAAGAGCGCUGUCCUGGUCCAGGUGCAUUGCUUUUGCCCAAGUCAUUCUGGGAGCCAGGGGUAUACCAAUUCAUCGCGGUCAGCAGGGUAAACCUUUGGUUAUUUGGGUGCUUGCAGCGACAGAGGAGGUAGAAGGAGCACUCGCUGCAAGUGGCUACUUUCAGGAUGCUUCUUGGCUGAAUCGUGCUCCUACUGAAGUAGUUUUGCUUGGAUCUUCUUUGCGACCUUCGCUGCAAUUUGGGGACGCGCGGGCCUGCUCUGUGCGAGCAGCCAGUUACCAUGAAGUUCAGGACCUGCCUGAACCGCACAUGUGCAUCCUCUUCAUGCCAGACCGUCAUGAUGUCGCCUUCGAGUCAGGCGCUGCGAACAGUGACAGCCGCGGGAUUCCUCCAGAAGCUCUGGAGCUUCUGGUUGGUUUGCCGAUUGUAGUAUCCACGUGCUUCAAGCUGCCAGCAAGAACUGCCAAAUCCUUGGAGAGCCUGGGCAAUUUGCUGCUCUUGCGAGAGACCCGGUGUCCUUUUUCAUCGUCAGCUGGGGACGCGCACAGCCAGUUUUCUGACAACUGCUGGAUUGUCGCCGUUCGCGGUCCCGAUGCACUGGGAUUUGUUCUGCAACAUGACAUCGAGAUACCCUGCCCCUCACCUUUGCCUGAAGACCAGCGUUUGCCUGCUGUAUUUUGGGGCAUACUGGACUUGAAGUACGACAGUUCAAAACCUGUCUUAGAGCGCGUGCGUGUUCUUGAAACUGGUGACGGCCGCAUUUCGAAAUUCUCGGGUGACGGUGCAGCCAUACAAGACCUCAUGCGAGCGAGGUAUGUCUCAAAGGAAGGCUCUUUGCUGCGCAAAUUUCAUUUGAUAUCCGCAGACAAGAAGCUGACCCAUGACCUCAUUGAGCUGGCUGGCUACAACCACAUUGUCCCAGGCCAAGCCUGCUAUCCGCGCCAAUAUGAUUCACACUUGGCUGAGAGAAUUGCCUCAGAUUUGGAACUGGAGGAAGAUGACAAGGUUGUUUUGAAGCUGUGCAACCGAUCCCGUGCCGCUGGGGUGAUAGUUUCGCCGCUGGAUGAGCUGGAUGAAGUGCUGGAGGAGCUAUUGGUGCUCCCGAAAAUGGAUGCUUGGUUGGAGGAUAAGCUCAAGAAGCUGAAGGAGGUUCACCCUGGAGACUUCGGUUUGACCUGGGGCUGUUUCGAGGAGCAAAAGAGGCACUGGUGGGCCAAUGAAAGCCCCUGUUUUGUGGCUGAACGCUGGUGCAUUUCAACGCCCCUCCUCAAAGCAGGAAAGUUCUAUGAUGGGACGAUGCGUGUUGGCUUCGUCAUCCUUCACAAGCGCGACUUGCAAGGAAGCAGUGAAAAUGGCUUUCGCAAGGCCACUGAUGGAGGUCUGCAAGCUGAUGCACCAAAUGUGCCCCCGCCAUCACCAGAGGAGUUGGCUGUCCACUGGCUGGGCGGGUACUGGAAACUUCCAAAACAAGAUAUGGCUUCAACGGACCUGCGAGAACGGGUUGUGAGUGCUGCAAGGACUUCUGGAACUGCCUUAGUACGAUCAUCGGUGCUGGCAGAAGUGUACUCAGCCCUGGGUGACUCUGUGCAGCAGUUGUUUGGUGGAGUGGAUCCGAGCUCGAAAAUGUUGGCAGAUCGCUACAAGGAAGCACCGGAGUUGGCAGCAUAUCUGACCGCACGUUUAGCAGUGAGCAACCGGGAGCAGCCGAAGAUCAAGAAGAUGCUGUACGACGCCCAGGUCCUUGCCAAUAAAGUGCCAAGCGAACGUGGAAAGCAUUUCAUUGAGUCGUUCAUUGUUCGAUGUUAUGGUGUUCUUGAAGCUCGGAGUGAUGCUCGAGAUCGAUGGCACACUGCACAGCGGCACUUUGUGAAGGCGCUCAAGCACUUGGAGUCCAAUGCGAAUGCACUUUAUCUUCUUGGGAUGGCAGCGCUGGAGUUGGGCAAACCUGGUGAGGCAGUGAACCUGUUGAACAAGAGCUUGUUUCUGGAUCCAGACUUCAAAGCUCCUUAUGUGAACCUUGGGGUUGCUUAUCUUAGACUGAAAUUGUUUGAAGAAGCGAUCUACAUCUCGGAAGCAUGCCUGGAGCGACACCCAUCAUCGCCUCAAUGCCAGUAUCACAUUGGCAUUGCCUCAUGCCAGCUGGCCUUGCUCAUUGAAGCGCGAAGUAGAGGUGGUGCUGUUCUCCCUGCAUCGGAGCGGGAGCUUUACGAUGAGUUGCUGAAACGCACAGCAAGCUCGAUGGCUGAAGCUCGACAGAGCGAAGAAGGGAUGAAGCGAAAGCCUGCCCCAGGCAGCUGUCGUUUACCCGAAGCUCCUUGGCUGGAGACAGACCAGCAGAUGCUAGAGGCAAUGGCUGUGAAUGGCUUGAGGAGCAGCUGUCACGGAUUUUAUGCUCUGCUGCGCAAUGGCCUUUGGGACGAUCCAGCUGAAGCGGUUACAGGUGCUGUGUACGAUGAUUUUGUGAAAGCUGUUGGGAGUCACGACCUGCCACCUGCAACUGCAAUCUACCUGACGUGGCGGUAUUGCUAUUUGAAAUGCUUCGUUCUGAUUGGAAUUGUGUGGGCGACUGCGUCAUUUGACUCGUGGGUGCCAGACAGAGCAGCGCUGGACAGCUUUGCGGCAAGUCUUCCACAAGAAAUUCAACCAAACCGCUACGAAACGUUUGUUGUCAUUAUGUUGUGGUGGAAUCCAUGCUUGAUGUACAUAUGGAGUAGCUCUUUCCUGAUUGUCUUGGCAGCAAUUUUUUUCGCUGCCCCAUCCAGAGUUUGCAAACGUUCUAAUCGCCAUGUCUCGCGCUACCUGGUCUGGGUGGCCUGGUUGUGGAAUUUCUUUCUUCCAUUUGCUGUGCUCUUGGCGCUCACUUUUCGGCACACCAUUGACCACCGUGGUUUGAAGGAGGACUUGUGCGUCGUGGCAGUCUCUCGCAGUAUGAGCUCUCCCGGAUUGGAUCUCAACUCUGCAGUGAACAAAUUAGAGCAGCAGCAGCUCUUCUCGCAAAGGAUUAGCACAUUGUUGGAUGACCAGGAUCAAAGCAAAGUCACGGCGAGCUCUGCUCGGCUCUGGUGUCAGCAGCAUCCCGACGACUGGCAGGUCAUUUUUUGCCAAGAAGUAGUUGACUGCGUUUUGACUGUGGACCAGCGAUGCCGGCAAGAAGUUUGUCCGUCAGCACCAACGGAGGAGCUCCAAGAGUGUAAUCAACGGUGCUUGGAAUAUGCGCAGCAGAGCGGCGGCAGCAGUGGUCAGCAGUUCAUGGAGUCUCUCUCAGAGUGCAAGACGACAGGGUCAGGCAGCUUGAAGUUGCAGGCGCCAGUCAUUAGCCUGUCUCCAGAGGAAGCUUCGUGCGGGGAUGCCACCAAGCAGCUGGAGGCAAUGCAGAGGGGCUUUCUGCAGCAGCAGCUUAACAUGAAGGAUCAAUGCACAUAUGCGUCAAUGGCAGUUGAUAAGGUGGAGUAUGUGGCGGGAUUUCUGGUGGGCGUAGAAGCAGGAAAACUGCUGUUGCCGAGUGCCCUAUCGAUCUUGGGUGGUUUGGCAGAGUCCAUCUUCAACAUAAAGGUCCUUUUUCCUGGACACAAAGAAUUUCCCUUUCUGCUUCUUCUCACUUCGUUUGAGGCACUGCCAAUCUACAUGGCAAUGCUGGCCGUAGCUCAGCAGAUUGUUGGAGACAGCACCUUGCUGGUGACAUGUCUUGCGUUCAUUGCCUAUGUCGGUCUUCCAGCUUUGACGGGCUGUUUGACUCGAAAUUUGCGUACUGGACCUGAACAUCGGUGGCAGUUCUACCGCAAGGUCUGGCUGGAGUACGGUUUGAGAGCUGCUCUGGGUCUGGCAAUGUUUCUUUCAUUUAGCCAGUAUAUGAGGAACUUGGUUGGCGAUCGGAUUGUUCCGCUUUCCCCAUUCAGAAUGAUAAUUGGGAUGCUAUUGAACUACUACACGCGCAAGACUUUGACAGCCGUGGCUGCCACGGAUGCUGCCUUAAGUGCAUUCUUGCAGUGUGAGCUGUGGCGCCAAGCCUUUGCAGAAGCUGAUCAUGCUGCCAACAAGGAGAGAAUCUUAUCGCUUGGACCAGUCUUGUUGAGGAAUGGCAGCGGCAACCAGGGUGCACAACUUAAACCUACCGAGACUCUCACAGGGAGUGGUCCUGAAGCCAAUGCUAUUGGCAGAGGGUCCAACGUGGAGGAAGACCAGAAGGAUCAGAACAAGAAAGCGGAGAAGGUGGAGCUGGGGCAGUGCGAGGCACUGGAGUGCCAGGAUAACGACAAGGAUCAGAAGGAGGUGGCUGUUAGCCAUCCGCAUCACAUCUUUGAGCGAGACGGUCAAGCGCCGGACGAGCAGAAAGUGACAGUAAAAUUGUCAUCUUAG